AUGUACUUGGAGCUGGAUCAGGAUGGGCAAAAUCUAUUUUAUUACAUUCCAAUAUGAAAAAAAAAUUUGAAAAUUUUUUCAAAAAAAGAAAUGACACUUUUACCCUUGGUAUUUGUAAUGGAUGUCAAUUUUUAAGUCAAUUAAAAGAAAUAAUACCUGGUACAAAAUAUUGGCCAAUAUUUAAAAGAAAUAGAAGUGAACAAUUUGAAGCAAGAUUCA